AUGCUCAGAAGGACGUUUUCGACCGGGCUGCGCGCCCUGCAGCAGCUGCCCAAGCAGCCGCCCGCCGCGCCCGCCGCGCAGGCUUCGCACGCAGACUUCCUCGCCAAAUACUACCCGCAGGAGCUCGUCAGGUCCAUCCAGCUUGCAGAGUCCGUGAUCCCCGCAGACACCGCGUUCCGCGUCUCGUCCAACGUCGAGUUCGCGCCCGCGUACCUCGACGACUUCUCCAAGCUCGACUCCUACUGGGACUACCUCCCGGGCUCGCCCAACGUCCACUCCCAGGGCCCCUCCACGCAAUUCAACUUCGACAGCAUCCAGCAGCCACUGCCCAACGGCCAGGAGAUCCCCCCGGGCGCGACCGUGCCGCGUCUGGAUGGUGGCCGCUCCUCUGCCACCGCGGACAUUGCCCGAGGCCUGCAGAAGCAGACGGGGCUCGACGCGGACUACAUCAGCCGUAAGCUGACGAUGCGCCCGCUUGUGAUGAAGCGUGUCUCGAACCAGACCGGCAAGGGCAAAAUCCCAAGUUUCUACGCGCUCGUCGUUGUCGGCGACCGCAACGGCAUGGUGGGUCUGGGCGAGGGCAAGUCGCGCGACGAGAUGUCCAAGGCCGUCUCGAAGGCCCACUGGGAUGCCGUGCGCAACCUCAAGCAGAUUCCGCGCUACGAAAACAGAACCAUCUUCGGCGACAUCGACCACCGCUACCACGGUGUCAAGCUGUUCCUCCGGUCCGUGAAGCCGGGUUUCGGCCUCAGGGUCAACCACAUCAUCUUCGAGAUCUGCGAGUGCGCAGGCAUUAAGGACCUCAGUGGCAAGGUCUACAAGAGUAGGAACGAGAUGAACAUCGCCAAGGGCACGCUGGAGGCUCUGACAGAGGGCCAGAAGACCCUUGACGAAAUCGCAUUGGGGAGAGGCAAGAAGGUCGUUGACGUCAGAAAGGUCUACUACUCCAGCUAG